CUUAGCUGUCGGGACUAGUCCAGCUGCAGCUCCAUAACGGAGAGAACAACUCAGCCGGUCCACGACUCCAACGCUAAGGUACCUAUCAACUUCAACUUCUUUUUCACUCAUACUCUCAAGACCACUCAAUGCUUCUACACUUCUACGCCCACGGCCGGCGGUGACCAUGAAAUUACCAGUUAACUAUUGCGAUGUUCCGAAUCCUCGAAUCGCAGGCUCCGGCCAAACAAACGGCUACGGACACCAUCAAUACUCUCAGUAGUCGACUCCAGAGUGCCACUUUGUUGGAGGACCGAAGAGCCGCCAUCCAAGGACUCAGAACGUCCGACGAAAUCGCUCUCUGGUUAUCAGACGAAUUCACCCAGCGACAAGACAAUAUCACCGCGCUCCUCGAUCUGUUAGAUACACGCGACUUCUACUCUCGCCUCUAUUCCCUGCAAUUGAUGUUUCAGAUUUCUAGUGCGCGACCGGAAAGGACACAGGAGUGUAUUCUGACUGCGCCUCUGGGUAUCCCAAGACUCGUCAGCGCAUUAGGAGACUCUCGAGAACCGAGGCGUUGCUUCUUCUCAUUGCGCUCACGCCAGCAUCGGAGGAAUUCCAGAAACUUGUUGCCUUCGAGAAUGCAUUCGAUCUUAUAUUCUCCCUGAUAGAGGCUGAAGGCGCAUUGAAUCAUGGGUCGGAAGUCGUUGAAGAUUGCCUCUCUUUACUUGCCAAUCUUCUACGGCUCAACAUUUCAAACCAGUCAUACUUCCGUGAGACGGGUUGUGUCAAGCGACUAGCGAAGCUUCU